CCGUUACUUUACCAUUCGCCGUCUCUCUCUCUCCCUUCCUUAUCAUCAAAAGUAGCUAACGAUCAAAGAUGUCCGAGGGAUCAGAAGAAACGAAAACAAAGCUUGAUUCCGCCGGAGAGUCAUCGGACGUCGAUAACGAGAACUGCAUUAGCAGUGGAAGUGGAGGUGGAAGUAGUGGCGAGACGAAGCGGACUUGCGUUGAUUGCGGAACAUUCCGAACUCCCCUUUGGCGCGGUGGCCCCGCCGGACCUAAGUCGUUGUGCAAUGCGUGUGGGAUCAAGAGCAGGAAGAAGACGCAAGCUGCUCUCGGAAUCAAACCAGAGAAGAAAAUCAGAAACAGUAUCAUUACCAGUGAUUCCAGUGAUCUAAGCCUGGAAGAUGAUGAUGAUCACAAAACUUGCAGCAGCAAAGGGAUGAGUAGGUUUUUGGAUUUAGGGUUUAAGGUUCCAGUGAUGAAGAGAUCAUCGGUCGAGAAGAAGAAGAGGCUGUGGAGUAAACUCGGCGAGGAAGAGAGAGCCGCCUUGCUUCUCAUGGCUCUCUCUUGUGCCUCCGUUUAUGCUUAAAAAACGAUGAAGAAUAAUAAAAGCUUUCUUCUUCUUCGUUUUCUUUUUGUGUGACAGUUAGGUUUGUUUAAACUAGAGAGAGAGAUAUAUAUAUAUAUAUGUAUGAACACGUUUGGUUUCCACUAAUGUUAUGUAUUCAUUAGCCUAAUGAAUUUCUAUUUUUUUAA